AUGUCUUUUCACUGCCUCAUCACCCUUUCACGAUGCAUCAGUCUUAAGCAUUGUAUUACCAAAAUGGAUUGCUGUUUCUUUUUUAAAACACUCAUUGACGUUUUCUUUUUUAUCUAUCUAUCUAUCUAUCUAUCUAUCUAUCUAUCUAUCUAUCUAUCUAUCUAUCUUCGGUAUCUAUCUAUUCAGUAUCUAUCGAUCUAUCUGUCUAUAUAUAUAUAUAUAUAUAUAUAUGUAUAUCUUCGGUAUCUAUCUAUCUAUCUAUCUAUCUAUCUAUAUAUAUAUAUGUAUAUCUUCGGUAUCUAUCUAUCUCUUCAGUAUCUAUCUAUCUAUCUAUCUAUAUAUAUAUAUAUAUAUAUAUAUAUAUCUUCGGUAUCUAUCUAUCUCUUCAGUAUCUAUCUAUCUAUCUCUCUCUCUCUCUCUCUAUAUAUAUAUAUAUAUAUAUAUAUAUAUAUGCAUAUAUAUCUUCGGUAUCUAUCUAUCUAUAUCUUCGAUAUCUAUCUAUCUAUCUAUCUAUCUAUCUAUCUAUCUAUAUCUUCGAUAUUUAUCUAUCUAUCUAUCUCUUCAGUCAGUCUCUUUAUCUAUCUAUCUAUCUAUCUAUCUAUCUAUCUAUCUAUCUAUCUAUCUAUCAGUCUCUUCAGUAUCUAUCUAUCUCCUCAGUAUCUAUCUCCUCAGUAUCUAUCUCCUCAGUAUCUAUCUCUUCAGUAUCUAUCUAUGUAUCUCUUCAGUAUCUAUCUAUCUAUCUAUCUAUCUAUCUAUCUAUCUAUCUAUCUAUCUAUCUAUCUAUCUAUGUCACUCUGUGUGUAUUUGUCUAUUUAA